AUGAGAGCAGAAGUACAAAUGAUGCUACUGGUCUUAGCUGUACCAGCACAGUAUUAUUUAGCAUCAGUGUCAUCCAAUGACCGCAGCUAUUACACCAAGAGGUUGGUGGGCAAUAUUCAAAAUUGGUAUUCGUCUUACUUUAACUUGACAACAUGGAAAUGGUGGUUAGAUUCGUUGAUGUUAGAUGCUCUAGAAAUUGAAGAAGGCUUUUGUCCCGCUGUGGAAGUUGAAAAGUUUCGCAGUGGUGACGAAAAUUUUGCUAAAUCAACUAUACCAAGAACGCCACGUCCACCUCACGUUCGAUAUCGCAUUGGCCAAGUUAUACGACAUCGCCAAUGGGGCUAUCGUGGUGUUAUUGUAGGAUGGGAUCCUGUCGCAAAAGCACCAAAGGAAUGGCUCGAUCAUAUGCAUCCGGCAGAUAAACCACAUUGGCGAAAGAAAGCGAAUUAUCUCGUUCUAGUCGAUACUAGAGACCGUCUAACUCCUCAGAGUACCUACGUUGCUGAAGAAAAUAUUGAAAUUUUGACCAAUCGAAAGAUAAUUCAUCCAAAAGUAGGAGAUCACUUCGAAGAAUUUGAUAAUAGCCGAUAUAUUCCCAGACCAUGGCUGCGGAAAGUAUAUCCAGAUGACUGA